AUGAGUGGAAACCCCAUCAGCCCUGAUGAACUAGCUCAUCAUUAAACUGCUUCCUCUCUAGAUUACAAAGAUUGGGAUACAAAUGAUGUGUAAACUUGGCUUGAAGAACAUCUAAAAAUGCCACAAUACAAGGAGGUGUUCAGUAGAUUAUGCAUUGACGGCUCUUUAAUGGAUCAUAUCAAUGAUGCUGAUUUAUAAAAUGAUUUUGGGAUUUAGGUCAGACUGCACAGAGUAAAAAUUAUUGAAGGUAUCAAGAAAUUGCAAUAUCCGAUUCAAAUGUAGUAGUAACAAAUUUAAAAUCCAUCUUAGCAAAUAUACAUGAACAACUAAUAGCAGUAGUAAUAUAUGCUUCCCCAUCAGCAGUAAAGACCAUCAAACCUCAAUUAGUUCAAUCCAAAUCAAGCAUAAAAUAUGUUUGGAAAUAACAAUAACAAUGCUUCUAAUUUCUAAGUACCUCAGCAAAAUCCAUUUCAAAUGCAAAUUCCUUCUCAGUUGAAUUAGUAAAUGAAUGUUCACAUGAAUCAAUUCUCAAAUAUUCAAAGCAAUAAUUAAAUGAUGGGAGUUUAGUAGCAACAAAAUGUAAAUAUGUCUGGUCCUAUCAAUUAAAACUCCUAGAUUCCACUUAGCAAUAUACCAUCAUAAUUGCCGAAUCAUUAGAGUUCAAGAGUUGAUACACCUCCUCACAAUAAUCAAAGAGUUGACAAUCAAAUGUAGUACAAUUAUUAGAAUCAAAGAUAAAUGAUUGGUGGAGCUUAAUAGAAUUCACCCUCUCAUGAAAUUUUGGUUUUAAAAGCUGUAGAAGGUCAACUGUUAAACAAUGUAUAUAUUGUUGGUGAAAAUGGAGCAUCUUUAGGAAGACAUUCAGCUUCUAAUGAUAUAGUAAUAUCUGAGAGCUUUGUAUCAAGGAGGCAUUGCGAGAUAAAAUACAGCCCAGAUGAUAGUAAUACUAAUAAUUUAGAUCCUAACGUCAGCAAAUUUUACAUAAGAGAUAUUGGCUCAACCACAGGAUCUUUUAUUAUGGUGAGGCAAGAGGUGCUUUUAAAGUAAAACAUGAUGUUUUAGAUGGGACUUAGUGAGUACAAAGUAGUUUUGACUUCUAAGAAAUGCAUGAUUGAACUACAUGUAUUUGAAGGGCCAGCUAGAAACAAAAUAAUUCCAGUAGACGAACUUGGACUUGGAAUCGGCAGAGAUCAAAAUAAUUCCUUUUGUGUGCAAGAUGAUUCUUAGAUGAGUAAUUUUCAUGCAAAGAUCAUAUACUACAAAGCUUCUGAUGGUAAAUAAGAGGGCUUUUAUCUUUAGGAUGUUGGCUCUACAAAUAGAACUUGGCUUAGACUCAGUUCAGAAGGGGAACAAAGCAACUUGCAUCCACUUAAAAUAAAUGAUAUUCUUAAAAUAGGAAGUACAGUGUUUGUAGUUCAGACUAAUGACAUGUAAAAUUUCAAGAAUAUGCCAGUUAUUAACAAGAGAUUGGCUGUGAACAAUUUAUAUCAAAAUUUGCAAAGUGAAGAAGAAAAAAACAACAAUCAAAUGAUAGUUGAUCGAGGAAAUGGUAUUGCUCAGUGUAAGAAAUCAUUAUAUAUAUAUAUUUACCUUGUAGUGGACAUAUUGAAUCAGCAAAAUGAAAGUAAUUAGAUUUAGUAGAUUCCUCAAAGUUUAUUUGGUGGAAAUUAGGCUGCUGAUAGAUAAAUGAAUGGCAAUAACAAUAAUUAGAAUGCAGCUUAUAGUCAAGAUAUAUGUAAAAUAUGUUAUGAAUAAGAGGGUGAUGCGGCAUUUAUUCCUUGCGGGCAUAAUUUUGCAUGUGUUAAGUGUGCUUCAAGAUGUGAGUGCUGUCCAGUUUGCAGAAUGCAGUUUGAUGACAUCAUAAAAAUAUACAAGCAUUGA